UUACGUAAUUGGUUGUUUGUUGAGCUUCGUGGUCCCUCCCUGUACUAAAUCUUUCUGUUUCACUGGUCGCCCCGAUGUUUUUCUUCAAUUCUCAUUAAUGUCCAUCUUCCAGAAUCAGAUUUUGCAAAUAAUAGAGGAUCAAAACGCUGUCGUUUUUUCGUCGGAUCACGACUCUCGAAAAGAUAACCAGUCUUUAAUGCCAAUUUACGGAGGUCCCAUUUGCGUUUUCAGUCGACGAAAGUGUCAGCGUUGAAUUCGUCGAAUUGAUUGAGAAGACAUGAGAGAGAGAUGGUGAGCGAGAGAGAGUGUGAAAACUAAGUUUGAUCAACAAAUGGCCUUUGUGGGUCGGUCGAUGUCACCAACCACUUUGGUCUUCUUGUCGUUAUAAGCUCUGAAGUAACGACAACUGGGUCUUACGGCACUCCCAAAGCUUCGUCGUUUUCUAAAACUCUGUCUCGGUUAAUCUGGGGAAAAGGGUAUCUGGGUUAUUCUCUCGGAGUUGUGUCUCUCUGAAUUGUUCCUUAACUGUUUGAUCAUUUGCUUUUGUUCUCUGAAGAUGGGAAAUAAGCGUUUUUUGGUUCCGGCAGAGGAGUUGGACUUGUCUACUGUCAAAUAUAAACUGGAAGAGGCUAAGGCUCCUCAUUUGACUGGAUUUGGCUUGAAGUUUUUUGUUAGGAUUAUUGAAACGCCGAUGAUAGGUUCCUUUAUCAUGUCUCUCUUGAAGAAGCAGAAUAGGAUUGUUGAGUUGUUGCAGCAGACUGUGAUACCGGAAUCACCCAUGUUCAGACCUGAAUAUCCUCCACAAGAAUCAGAACUGGCUGUUGUCACUUUUGAUGAAGAUGGGAAACCUGAAGAGAGAGUUUCAUUAACCUUGGAAUGCCUUCCACAAUAUGAUCCUGCUAAAUGUUGGAAUGGGGAUACAAAUCAAACUUUUCGCUAUUGGAAGAUACGUGACUAUGCUCAUGCUUAUCGUUCAAGGAUUGCAACACCUUCUAUGGUUGCAGAGCACGUAAUUUCAGUUCUUGAGGAGUUUAGUUGCAAGAAACCUGCAAUGCCUCUGUUGAUUUCUUUUAAUGCUGAGGAAGUCAGGAAGCAAGCUGCAGCGUCGACAAAAAGAUUCGCGGAAGGCAAUCCACUAUCUAUCUUGGAUGGAAUUUUUAUGGCAAUUAAGGAUGAUAUAGACUGUUAUCCUCAUCCAUCAAAUGGUGGAACAACAUGGAUGCACGAGGUUCGCCCUGUCAGCGAGGAUGCAGUUAGUGUUUCGAAACUACGUAGAUGUGGUGUAAUUUUUGUAGGAAAGGCAAACAUGCAUGAAUUGGGCAUGGGUACAACUGGAAACAAUCCUAAUUAUGGAACAACAAGAAAUCCUCAUGCAGUAGAUAGGUACACGGGUGGAUCUUCCUCAGGUCCAGCAGCAAUUGUAGCUUCUGGAAUAUGCUCUGCUGCACUUGGAACAGAUGGUGGAGGUUCAGUCCGUAUACCCUGUUCCCUUUGUGGUGUAGUGGGAUUGAAGACAACAUAUGCACGUGUAGACAUGGAAGGUUCUUUAUGUGGUGGCGGGACUGUGGAAAUUAUCGGACCAAUUGCAUCAUCAGUAGAGGAUCUCAUGCUAGUGUAUUCAGCAAUACUUGGUUCCUCUCUUGCUGAUAGAAUUAGUUUGAAACCGUCCCCACCUUGUGUGCCAAACUUGUUAGCAUAUGACAGUUCAGAUAUCUUGGGAUCCUUAAGACUAGGAAAGUACACAGAGUGGUUUAAUGAUGUAUAUUCAACUAAUAUAUCUGACAAAUGUGAUGAGGUUCUUGAACUUUUGUCAAAAUCAUACAAUUGUGAAGUGGUAGAAAUUGUGGUCCCCGACUUACAUGAGAUGCGCACUGCUCAUGUUGUUUCCAUUGGAUCUGAGUGUGCUUGUUCAUUAAAUCCAGAUUGCGAUGACGGGAAACUUGAGAGACUGACAUAUGAUACUCGUAUCAGUAUGGCUCUUUUUAAAUCUUUUACUGCGGCAGAUUAUGUGGCGGCCCAGUGUCUCAGGAGAAGGAUGAUGUACCAUCUUAUGGAGAUAUUCAAAAAGGUUGACAUCAUAGUUACCCCAACAACUGGCAUGACCGCACCUAUCAUACCAUCAGGUGCUAUUCAAGAUGGAGAAUCAAACAUGCAGGUUACAGGUUACCUUAUGAAGUUUGUCGCCAUUGCAAAUCUUCUUGGACUUCCUGCCAUUUCUGUGCCUGUGGGUUAUGAUAAAGAAGGCCUUCCAAUAGGCUUGCAAUUGAUUGGUCGUCCAUGGGCUGAAGCUACACUUCUGCGUUUGGCUUCUGCAGUGGAGGAACUCUGCCCCUUAAAGAAGAAGCCUGCAUCAUUUUUUGAUGUUUUGCAAAGCUGAAUUUGCUGCUCUCUUUACUUGAAUCAUUAGAUUUUCAUGAUGUGAUCACAUGUUUUAAAUUAAUAUUUGUAUGUGUCUCCCCUCACAUGAGGAUCGCUCUAACUAUUAAGUGAAAUAAUUUCAAGCUGAAUAGUAGUAGUGCUUGUAAAACUUCA